AUGUCGUACCAUAUCUCAACUUUUGGUAUGAAACUUAAAAAUAUUGCUCAAGUUGCAGUAUUCACUGAACUUAUUUAUAAAAAACUCCUAGCAAGUUUACAGAAGAAAAGUAUUAUUGACAAUAUUGCAAAUAAAAGUUCCUUUUCCUUGCAAAUGCUUGAAUCACCCAAAUAUAAUGAAAAAACAAAGGAACAUGUUCGUGAAAAAAAAGCAAUAAAUCCCAAAAAUAGAACUGUCUUUGAUUUCAUGAUUUGUCCUCCUAAUGAUGAAUCAGAAGUCAUAAAAAGCUCUUUAUUAGACAUUGCAGAGCCAGAAGUCAAAAGGAGUAAUGAAGAUACAAAUAGUGGACUAUAUUUUGAUAUGGUGCCAAAACUAGAUCUUGCCAAAUAUGAAGUUAACUUAGUUGAGCUAGCUCUUAAUACGAAGUUCUUUAACCUUUUCCUAGGAUUUUUGGCUAAGCCAGUAAUGGGAAUUAACAAAGAAAUUAUUGAUCUAAUUUUUUGGCACGUAUUGAAUAUAAUUUGUAAUAAAAAUGAAGAGCUUAAUGAGCCUGAAAAUAAGCCCCGAACAAUCUUAGUACUAAAAUCUACAUUGCAACAAUGUGGAAAAAAUAUUAUUACUGACUUUAUUGAUGAUAAAGUCUUGGGAUCACACCUCUAUUUCACAAUGUCAGAUUUAGAAAAAAUUCUUGGAUUUAAUAAACAUCUCAAAUCACUUAUAACAGAACGAAUGGUAGCUAUAGAGUGCAAAGGUCUUGAAACUAUACGAAUAAAUGAUUAUGCUGGGUAUAUGAUUACAAGGGAAAUUCUAGACCAUCCUAAUGCAUCAGGAGUAGUCAUAUCAUACCUUCUUAGCUGUGAUUUAUCAAAUUGGAGUCUGGGAAAAAUUCCUACAACUAAAAUGAAGAUAGAAACAAUUUAUGAAAAAGUAUAUCAGGAUUAUCUUAAAUGGUGCAGUUGUAAUGAAGAAAAGCUAUUAACUAGUAAGGUUGCUGGAAAGAAGUUUUCACAAAUUGGCAUUGAUCGGGCAUGUUUACAAGAUAAUAGAGUAAGAGUAUAUCAGUAUAUUCUUGACCACCCCAAAAUCGUAACUAAGUUUCGUGAAUCUAGCCUAAACGAUAUCGAAGAAUUUUCUAAUACACCUCAAUCUGACUUAUCUAAAAAUAAGACUACAAACAUGCUUAUAUUUAAUGUGCCAGAAUUUAUUCCUUCAAAAAUAAUCACAUCUCAGGCAGAAAAGAAUCUCUCUCCUAGUGAUAAGAAAGAAGAUAAACAGAAAAAUCUAACCCAAGCUCUAUUCGACUAUAUGAAAGAAGAAGCCGAAGCACCAGUUGCUUCAACAUCUGGGACUUCCAAAACUUCUAAGAUGUCUAACCUACCUGAGCCAAAAAUUAUUGAGCAGUCUCAAAAGGACCAGACUAGCAAGCUUCCCGAAUCUAUUAAGCUUAUAAGUGGACAUGAAGAGCACCUUAGAAAAAGGGCAAUCGAACUUGAGGCGGAAGAAGACCCUAAAGAAUAUAUGAACAUGUCAGUGCAAGAGAGAUUAAUAGAAGAAGAAAUAAUUCAUCGUGAUCUUGAGAAUAAAGAAAUCACAUCCUCAUGGCUCAAUACUGAUGAAGAAUAG